CCUCCCACUCCCAGAUCCCCAAACCCUAGCCAGCUCCCCGCCGGCCGCCAGCUUCGAUGACCCAUGGCCUCCUCCCCCAUCCUUCCCAUGGGCUGCAGGUUCAGCCCGUCCGACGCCGACCUCAUCUCCUUCUACCUCCGCCCCAUGAUCGCGGGCGAGCCCCUCCCUGAGGCCGCCGCCAGGUUCCUGCACACCGCCGACGCGUACGGCGCAGAUCCGGCCGCCCUCGUCUCGGGCCUCCUGCCCGCGGUCCCGCUGGCGCCCAAGACCGGGGCCGAGCGGCGGUGCUGGUACUUCUUCUGCUCCGCCAAGGCCCUGUCCGGGCACGACAAGCGCAGGUCCCGCGCCGUCGGCGGCGGCGAGGGCACGUGGCACGCCGAGAAGGGGAGGGCGGCCGUUCUCGACGGCGAGGGACGCGUCGUCGGGUACAAGCAGAGUUUCAGGUACAAGCCCAUCCAUUCCGACGGAUCCGUGGAGGCCGUGUGGCUCAUGGUCGAGUUCCGUAUGGCUCAUGAGCAAGGGGAUGAUGAGAAAGGCGAGACGGUUCCGGUUCUUUGCAAGGUCUACCAGAGCCCGCGCAAGCCCCGAUCUGCGUCCGUCCCGACGUCGCCGGCAUACAGGAGGGGGAGGAAGAGGAAGGCCGGAGACGACUCAGCUCCGGUGAAGACUGUGAAGCGGCGGCUGCUUGUUCCUCCUGCUGCACCAAUUCUGCUGUCGGCCGUCGAGCCACAGCCAGACUUGAACAACUGCUCGGAUGGCGUCUCAGUGGACCAGCUUCUUGAUGAUCUCAUGUCCGGCCUCACGCCUGAUCAAGUCUUGGGUGACUUCUUGAUGCCUUUACCUGAAUCAGAUGUCAAUUGCAGCUUCUCCAUCGCCAAUGAGAAUUCUGAUCAAGUCUUUCUGGGUGACUUGUUGAUGCCUGUCCCUGAACCAGUGGUCAACUACAGCUUCUGCAUGCCCGACCAUGCCGGUUCCAUGGUGAGCAACUACGGCACCGUCCUCCAUGGUGGUUCAGUCACACCCCUUUUUCACAAUUCUGAUCAAUUUGACUUGUCGGUGCCCAUCAUCGAACCACUGCCAACUGACUUGCAGAGCCAGACAGCAAUGCUAAAUUUCAGCUUCCUGUCGUGUGCCCCGUAUGCUGGAAUUUGCGAUUCUUGGACAGUAGGCGAGAGCACGGACGAUGAAGCGGCCUCAGUCAGCUGGUAUGACUCUGCUCAAAGCUCACCAGAGGUUCCAACCGAGUGGAUGAUGCAAACACCAUUUGCCACCCCAUAUCUAUUCUGAAGCUGACCGGCUUCGUAUUGUGUGUGUGUUUUCGCUAUCCCAUUGACAGGAUACAUUCAAUCGCCAUUUACCCCAAGGAUAGGAUAUAAUACAUGUUUUUGUAGCUUGUACCAAGGUUCAAGACCUUGUUGUGUUUUUGACUUAUAAUGAUCUAGUUAUGUAUG